AAUACCAUAGCAACAAUUUCAAGUGUGGAUCUUCUAACUUAACCAAACAAGCAUAGCAACGCUCCAAUCUUUAUUAGAAUUUCCACUCUUGAUAUCAUUCCAUUAUUUAGGCGAUCUGAGUUUUCAUACUGAAAAAGCAAAAUAAUUCAUUACUUGUUUUAAGAGUGUUUUUUAUUUUCCUGUAUAGAAUGCAAAACUGGUGAAAAAAAUAUCUCAAAUUUGAGCAAAUAUUCAUCCUCGGUAUAUCAAAUAAAUCAGUAGUUCGAGAACCGUAUAAUUUAUCAACGUGGUCUAACAAAAAAUAGAAAAACGGAGACAAAAACGAAGAAAAAACUUAUCAAACGCGUUCCCAUUCGGCACAAAGAAAUUCUGGGCGAUAUGGCAACUCAACUGGCGCUUCAACGAAAUUUCGUUACAAUUACACCAAGUAAUCAGAUAAGCUCGGCCAAUACACAACCAAAUCUUUCAACAACAACGAUUGCCACCCCAGCUGCGAAUGGUGAAAUUGUUACCAUAGCUGAUGGCAAUCGAGUAUCAACAUCUGAAAGUAAUAACGCACCCAUUCAUAUCAUGCAGGCACACACACAAAAGAAAUACAUCUUGCAAACUGGAACCACUUCAGAGGGUGUUUCGAUCAUUGAUGUCGUGCCAAUAGAUCAGACAGAACCGGAUGAAGCACCAAUUACUGUCUCUACUAUUCUGCCCACCAAUUCGGUUGCUUCGUCGCCAAAUAGUUCCAAUUCGCAACAAAUUACCGCUCAAGUCGCCUUUGUACAAACUCAGGAAGCAACUGAAAUUUCAGAAUCAAAACCGCAAUUUAUAACAGUCAAUGUUUCGCAACAAGAGAAUGUUACUGGUCACGGGACAUAUGUGGAAUAUGUCGAUUCCGGCUUGUAUGCAACUUCUGCGCAAGGACAGUCUCAAAUGGCAUAUCCAGUAUACGUAAAUGAAUAUGCAUCCGGCACUCAACAGCAAUAUUAUACAACGAAUGAAUCAUUUUCGGCCACUGGAAAUCAUCAAGCUGAAACCUAUAUUGUACCAGUAGAGGACACGAUGUUAGCAAACCAAUCAAGAGAAUCACCACAGGCAAUAUCUGCUAGAAAUACAACACCAGAUAUUGAUUCAUUGUUUGAAACUACCUACAGCCAUGACGAAAUCAAAAAUGAGAAUAAUCCCAAACGCAUGCGGAGUUAAUCAAUAUACAGCACCGUUUGACCGAAUAGUUAUUAUGCUGAUACGGUCGAGCUCUAAUACGAGUGGGGAAUUUUAUAUUAUAUGACACAUUUUGUUAAAUUCAAAGUGGAAAAUUAUCAUGGAUCUUAUAUAGACAUUGCAAUUUGUCAUUUGAUCAGUGGCAUUUGUUUUUUAUUGCAAGAAACAUCUUUAUCUAGAGGGUCGUGAUAUAUAUGAUGAGUGUGAAUGUAAACUCAUUUGCUCUUAAAAAUAAUAACAUAUUUUUGAAUUAUAUUGCAAAUGGAUGGUGAAUUUCUAUUACAAAACACAGCUAACCUCAUUUCUUUAAAAAGUGCAAUAGAGUUUAAAUUUUGUCGACAGGUGAAAGUAGUCGACACAAUUAAAAUACAUAGUUGAAACAUUAUUUAUCAAAUAAGUAACGACAAUUCCACACGAAACCGAACAAAAAAUGCAAUUGACAUCUCAGAUUUCGCUCAAACUUGAUGAAUUGAACUUUUGGGGCUUAUUUGUAAAUUUCAGCUAUCGACAGGAAUAAGUUUUACGAAAAUCUUUGACACACAUUUUUGUUCAGUUUUUGACGAGGAAUCAAGUGGCAGUUUUAGUCUUCAUUUCUGAUUACUCGUUUUAAAAAAUUGACCUCAUUAAAAAAGUAAUAAGUAUUACUUUUAUGGAUUUUUCCAUUUCAACUAGCUGACCAACAAAAAUAAAUUUAUCAAAAAUCUCUGACACUGAAUUUUAUUUAGUUUUGGGCGAGGAAUUGAAUGGUAUUUGCUGUUUGCAUUUCUGACGAGCCAUUUUGAAAAAUUUACCUGAUUGAAGUGAAAGUAAUAAAAUGAAAUCCAAUCUUAUUAUUUUUAUUUUUUUAUUACGUUCUUCAAUAUUAUCCUCCCAAAUGCCAAUUCUGUGCCAUAUAAGUGAAAUACGUUAUAUGCCAAAAGAAACAAGACAUCAGGCGCUACAUUUCAGGAGCACACUAAACCUGCCCUGGUGCCUUCGAAGCAGUAAAAAAUGAUUGCAUACUUGAAGGAGCACGAUUUUUGAAACUGUCUACCUUGAUUUGGGCCAGAAGAGAGGGUUUCAUGAAGUCAAAAUGUUUUACGCGUAAGUAUGAGAGUGGGGAAUUGUGAAACACUUCGUUUUCUCAGCAAUUCGAAAUGUUCGGCAGAUUCAAAAAACUGUCAUAGUCUUGUCUUAGUAUAAGCUCUUUUUUCCAAUAUCACUCAUUGCGUGUGCUUGUAACGUUAGCUCUCUGUGAGGACACUUUGAAAAUGUGGUUCCAAAUAUUUUUAUUCACCGUUCAUGUUUGCAUUGAUUUCACAGCAUUUUUUGAAGAAUGAACUCAGAUGAAUAUGUUUAUAAUUAUCGUAUACCAUUAAUAUUUUGACUCACAAAAGGAAUUUUGCAUGAACAUUCAUUGAGUAGCCCAAACGCGAUCAAGUUGCAAACCUUAGUGGGUGGGGAAUUGUGAAACACCCUUUGUGGGGAAAUUUGUUCAAGCCAUUUUUUCAAUUUUUCAAGUCAAUUUCGCAUAUUUUAUGCAUAUUCAUUACAUUUCUUGCGAAAAUUUGGCAAAUUAUUCAAUGCAAUUUAUGCGCUCGCGCUGUUUACUUGAAAUGCACCAAAAUGAUUAGCAGCUACUUCACAGGCAACAGUUGCAAAUCCGACUAAUAACAAUCGCUAUUUUUCGAAUUCUUCUUUAUUGAAAUGAUUUCUUUUAUCGUUUUUUAGCUUUCCAUAACAUUUUUCAUCAAAAUUGUUUCAGUUUUCUAUCGAUUUAUGACGUGUUUUACAAUUCCCCACCAUUUUUUAAAAUCGAAAAAUCAGGGGUUUUUGCCGACAGGGCAAAUUUUUUUAAGUCGAUUCGAUUUUCAACAAGCGACAAGUGCCAAAAGUCAGGUUUUUACACGUACUAUUGGGUAAAUUCGAAAGUUUCCGCCGUUUUCUUUUGUC